AUGGAGGCUGCUAUAGACACACUGGUCACUCACUUUAAGACCUACGCGGGAAAAGAUGGUUCUUCUCAAACCCUGAGCAAAGAAGAGUUUCAGAGCCUGGUGGUAUCCCAGCUCCCUAAUCUAGUCAAGAACGCCGCUGAUCCUGCCGUCAUUGACCAGCUGAUGGGCUCGCUGGACGAGAACAACGAUGGCGAGCUAAAUUUCUUGGAAUUCUGGCAACUUAUCGGCAAACUAGCGAGCAAGCGCGGCAACUUCAGUCUCUGA